AUGGGUUGGCUCCAAGCCUCAAACACAUUGAAAGUUCCAAAAAGUACCCUAAGCAGGCGAGUAGAAAACAAAAACAAAGUUUUGCAAGGAAGUAAAGUCGGCUAUUUGGGAGGAAGUAUGCCGGUAUUUUCAAAAGAUAUCGAAGGACAGCUAGUUGAUCAUAUUAAAACUUUAGAGGUGCGAUUUUUUGGGCUUAGUUCCCGUGACCUCAGGAAGUUGGCUUAUCAGUUGGCAACAAAAUUAAAACUAAAACACAAAUUCAACCAAGAAACAAAAAUGGCGGGAUGGGAUUGGUUACAGGGAUUUCUAAAACGAAAUCCAUCUAUAAGUGUUAGAACUCCGGAAGCCACGUCAUUAGCAAGAGCGCAAGCCUUUAAUAAGGUGCAGAUAGCAGCCUAUUUCGAAAGGCUUGAACAAGUACUUGAUGAAUUCAAGUUUAGUCCAGCACAGAUAUACAAUGUAGAUGAGUCUGGUCUAUCUACGGUGCAAUCAAAAAUGGAAAAAAAUUUGGCAACCAAGGGUCGAAAGCAGGUCGGUACACUAACAGCUGCUCAAAGAGGCCUACAUUUUACAUUAGUUUGA